CAGUAUCCCAGAAGUCUUUUGUUCGCCGGCGAGAAAGGUGAAGGUCUCGCGCCGAGAAUAUAAACAAGCGGUAUUGCCGAGUUGGAUCAGUGACCGGCUCAGCUCUGGAAUAGAAGCAGCAAUGUUGUUCGUAGUUGUACUUGCAGUCGUAGCCACCAUACAGGUGGAGUGCGCGCCUAAUCAGCUAUGGCCAGCAUUCGAUAAGGUUUCAGAGCAGACCACAAAGAAGCCCAUUUUUGCAACAGCUAUUAAUAAAGAAAAGUCAAGUAAGACAUUCGACCCAUCUGCAACGCAACAUGCGCAUGAACAGUUCAUCCAAACUUGGCUACGACAGGCGAGCAUUGUUCUGAACAGACCAGACAUCUUAAGCCUCGCACCAUCUCGCACCCCUGCUGAUAUUGUGGAUGUUGUGGAUGAUGUGGAUGUUGCAGAGCCUGUCAUUGGAGAAGCUGUUGUAGCAGUGCCAGCAGAAGAUUCAAUGUCUCCAGCCUCAGCUUUGGAUUUACAAGUUUCCGCAACAGAGGAGUUUGUUCCUUUGAACGAAGAGCCUCUGCCUGCAGAAACAUCUGUUGCAACGGAGGACGUAGCUUUGGACUCUAUUCCAGAACCUACUGAGAUGGUUUUUGAACCUUCUCCUGUACCUGCUGAGACAGUUGAAUAUUUUCCUGAAGCUGCAGAAGUUGUUGGUGAUGUGUCGCCAUUGAAUGAAGAGCUUUUGGUGCCUGAUGCUGAACAAGUGCCAUCCUCUGCACCUCAAGAGGCUGCAUCAUCUCCAAUGACUGAAGAUGUUAUGAUAACACCUGUAGAGGAAGUAGCUGCCGCUCCCAUUCCUUCUCUUGUAGAGCAAGAUAGAGCAACCGUGCUAGUUGCUCCCUCACCUAUCCCUUCAACUGACGCAGAAUUCACUCAAGAAAUUGUUGCUGACGUUGCCCAAAUUCCCUUAGUUAACGACCAGCACACAGAAAUUCUUGAACCGGUUGCCGAGCCCAAACCAGAAACAGAAUUCUUUCCAGUGAGAGUCUCACAUCAAGGAAAGAGUUUCAGUUCUGUUCCACUAACACAAAUCCCAGUUUCACCUUUUGCUCCUGCUUUCCCUGUUGCUCGUUUACCUGCUGGCCGUCCCGGUGCUGUUACUACCAAUGGAUUAGCAUACACUCUGCAGUUCUUCCCUACAAGAGGGCUCUCACAUUAUUUCAUCUCAACGCCCAUUGGCGGGUAACCCUCCCUGUGUCACUCAACAAAAUUAAUAUAAUGUAUUAUUCUAUUUGUACAUAGAUUAAAUUUCUUCUCUUCACUAAUACCACUUUAUCAAGUAACUUAAUUACUUGCUCUCAAACUAAAUCAUGCAUACCUUUGAUCUGUACUUAUUACAUUCAGCGUAAAUAUAUUGUUCCAAAAUUGUAUCCCUUGCGAAAAUUAUGGAAAUUGUGAAAAUUACAGAAGAGCAAAAUAAAAGUUUUAUAAAUAAAGUUCAA